ACCGGCUUGCAUUAUGUUUUUCUUGUCGCGUUGUUCAACAAAUGUGGGGAAGGAAAAUUGUUAAAUGCAUCGAAACAAUGAACAUCAGAGUAUAUUUCAUUCCACUCCUUGCUUUUAUUUUAACAGUAAUUGCAAUACAUGCGAAGAAAAAGUAUCAAAUACAGAAAGCAUCUCUUCAACUUUUGGAAAAAGAAACCAAGAAAUUGAAAUUAGAAGAAUGUUAUUCAACACAAGAACAAAGUAUCAUUAAACUUCGAUUAACCCGGCAGACACAAAAAGCUCUUACUUGUAUUGUCAAGUCACUGAACGAUGAUCCUUAUAAUGGCUGGAUGUGGUCUGAGUUAGGGACACUUUAUACUUUAACUAAAGAUAAAACAAAGGCUACAACAUGUCUCAAACAGGCAGUGAAAUCAUCAGGCAAACUCAGUGAAUACAUACGUACAUGGCAUUUCAUAGGCCCUUUCAUAAUUGGGAAGGCUGAGGUUGAUGGUGAUCCAAUCGCAUAUUUUGGAGGAAUUCAAAAUGUCUCUAGAAGGAGGUACGAUAAGAAGGUGCGAUUCUACUCAGAACUGGUUGGAGGAGGAGAGGUUAAAUGGAAGACAUAUGAACAAAAGGGUGAGGCCGAGCCUGUUCAAAUUUCUCCUGAUGUAAGAUGGAAUGAGCUCAUCUCAUCAAUUGGUUCGUUAGCAAUUACAGAAUGGCAGGGAUGGGCUGUUGGAGAGUUUGCUGUUAAUAGUAAAGAUGAAAAUGUUUUGGUACAGUGUCAUGGAGUCAGCCACAUAUUUGUUGAUGAUGUCAUCAUUACAGGCGACGUCUACCGAAGAACAGAAUAUUGGUUUGGAAUUCAUCUGUCUCCUGGCAUCCACACCCUUUAUGUUCCGUUGAGAUCUAAAGGCCCCAUGACAUUUCAAUGUAGACUCAAAUUAGAAGGAUCACAUGCAUUUCAGGUUCAUCGUCCAUCUAUGCAACCAGACUUAGUGAAUGGACACAUACUAGGUGAUGUGCUAGCCCUUCCAAUCACCAACCUACAAACAAAAAAAUGGCUCAAGAAAGUCAAGGUAUCUAUUAGUCAGCAAAAUACAGGUAUCCCAAUUAAAUUAAUACAAGGACCAAUUGUGAACAUAGCACCUGGACAAACCAUGCCGGUGAAAUUUCAGUUCAAGGAAAGUGAAAGUGGAAAUGACCAAUCGCGGGAGUGUAAAGAAAUCAGCUUUAUAUUGACAGUCAGCACAGCAGAAACAGACAGUGAUCAUGUGACAAUUAACUUGAGGUGUCGUCACUUACACCAGUCAUUCAUUUUCACAUUCCAAGACCAUGAUGGAUCAAUACAACAGGCAGCAGCCAUUAGUCCAACGAAAGACUGCCCUCAAGAGGUAUGUCCUGUUGUGUUGACUCUGCAUGGAACAGGUGUUUCUGCCCAAAACCAAGCCGAUGGAUAUAAGCGCAUGGAAAAUGGUGAUUGGAUAUUUGGACUUGACUCUGCUUGGGUUCUGGCCCCCACCAGGCAUGGUGCACAUAAUUGGGAAGGCCCUGGUACCCUGACGGCCAUGACCGCACUCCAUAAACUACAAGAGUUAACGAAGAAAUCACCAUGGUUAAGGAAUAAAGCAGAUGAGAACCAUGUGAUCUUCGCAGGUCAUUCUAUGGGAGGUCAUGGAGCAUGGCAUCUUGCAACUCACUACCCUGACAGAGCUCUUGCUGUAAUCCCAUUGGCUGGUUGGAAUAAGAAAGAAGAAUAUGGUGAUAGUAAUGUUUUCUUCAGACAUGAUGUGAGUACUAGUCAUGUUGAUCCAGCUACCAAAGCAAUUCUUGAGGGGAUACCUGUUCUUGGUAGGAUAGGGGCUAAUGACAGAACUGUUCAUCCAUUUUUUCUAAGGAGGAUGUACAGACGAUUGAAGGAGGAGAAUGUGAAUGUAACAUACAAGGAGUUACCUGGAAAAGAGCAUUGGUGGUGGGAUACCUGGAAAACAAACGAUGGUGGUGCCGUCAAUGAUCCCCAACUGAGGAACUUUAUGAGUGAAUAUUCAUUAGUAAGUUCUACAACUGACCAAUCAUGUGACUCAGUUGACCAGGACUGUUCCAUUAUAAAAUCAAAGGGUAAAUAUUCUAAAAGUAAAUUGGAUGGGAGCUCCUUUACAUUGACAGUAAUAAAUCCAGCUCUUGGAGAAAGUUUAAAAGGUGUAAGAAUUAUUCAACAGAUUGUUCCAUAUAGGACCAGUACAGUACAGAUAAAUCUCACACCUGACAGUGUUACAUUAGCAACUAGCAAUGUUGCCAAACUGAGCAUAUCGGACACUCCUCAUGGUGACCUUACCUGGACAGGUGUGCCGUGUGAGAUAGAUGGUCAAGUUGUUAACUUAAAGGGCAAUCCGGUAGAUUUAUGUAGAAAAACAGGAUCUUGGAAAUCAUGUGAUGAUAAUCCUUUAAUGGGAAAUGAUAAAGAACGAGGACCAUCAAAUUAUGGACCAGCACGGAGAGUAGCAGAGCGUAGUUUUCUUAUAGUGACAGGAACAAGCAAUAAAGCAUUAGCACCAAUACUAUUUCAACUUGCCAUAUACAUAGCCAACCUCUUCUUCCUUACUUCGGACACAAUUGCUCCGAUUAUUGAAGACACAAUGCUAACUGAUCAACUUGCAGAAUCUAAUAACCUCAUCAUUAUUGGUGGACCGGGAGAAAAUUUACAUAGUGUCAAAUAUUUGGAUAAAAUACCAAUCAACAUUGAUAAUGAUAGCGGUAUACAAUUAGGCGAGUGUAUUUUCAAGAAGACAAGGGUGGGUUUACUUGCACUAGCCCCACAUGGCAACCAAGGCUUGUCAUUGAUCUUGCUGGGCAACUCCCUUGGGGGUCUGAGGGACGUUGUGAGCCUAGCUAGCCCAACUAUUCCACCAAUGACCAGGUCACCCUUUUCCAAUAUGGUACCCGAUUUUGUUAUAACAGGACCGGAUUUUAACAAAAAGGGGGCAGGAGGAUACCUGUGUUCUGGGUUCUGGGGUAACAGGUGGGAGUACCGCCUCGAGUUGGCUUCAUGCGCUUGUUGAUCCAAGUCUGUACUAGCAUGAUGGAAAAUAACAUGAGCUAAACAUAACAAAGGAAAGGGCCAAGGAUCUUACAAAUACAUUUUUAAGAACGGGGCCCAUGUUGCAAUAUUGUUAUCAGAUCAAAUAUUUAAAAAUUAUAUGGAACAAUAAUAUUAUUAUUAUUGUUGUUGUUGACAAUGUGGAACUUUUGAUAACAUGACACGGUAGGACGUAAUGACGUCACUAAGAAGUCAUCUGCGCAUGCGAGAAUGUUAAGUUCUCCUUGUCGUGUGGAUUUUAGUACACAAUUUGACCAAAUCUACAUUGUGCAGAGAACGUAGGAUGGUCACACCUGAGUGAAUCCAUUCUAGCGUCUUGUUGUUGAGGUUGUUAAGAGUAUGGAAGGCCAAUUAAAUCUGGUAUGGAGCACAAUAAUCGCAAUAAGUGAGUCACCGAAAUUUAUGCCCUGGAACCCAGACUAAGCAAGUGGUUGCACCAGUGAGGUGGACUACACACGGGCUCCAGUUGGCAGCACUUUAUACGAUGGACCGUUUGGGGAGUAGACAUUUUUUAUGAAUGAUUUAAUAAUCUGAACACAUUGAGACCAUAGUAAUAUGUACUAAAUAAGUUGUUAUUAUAAUUAUUAUUAUUAUUAUUAUUAUUAUAAUUAUUAUUAUUAUUAUUAUUAUUAUUAUUAUUAUUAUUAUUAUUAUUAUUAUUGGCAUUUACUUCGUAUAGCAGAACAACCAUUGUUUUUAUUUUUUUUUCUUUUCUAUUUCUUAUGUUUUUAUUAUUAUUAUUAUUAUUAUUAUUAUUAUUUAUUAUUAUUGUUAUUAUUAUGACCUUAUUUUCAUUGUAUAUUUAUUAUCAUUGUUGGUUAAGAUGCAUAUAUUUUAAUACCAAAGUCCUUGAGUAUGUGAGUACGCACUAACCUUGUCGGAAAUGUUUGUCUAAUGGUCUACUGCCCAAUUCACCAUCAAGAGAGGGAGCACUGCUCAGCUGAUGCCAGCCCCCAAGGCCCAGCCAACAUUCCCCAUCCAGUUACUCAACUAUUGAUGUACAGUAUUUUUAAUAAAUAUAUGUUACACAAUUUAGAAUUAAAUAUUUAUCUCGGUUGUAAACAAAUCAUAGUCAUUCGCAGUCAUUUUCAAAAUACUAAAUUUCAAACCUGUAUGUAUAUUUUGGAGAUUCCAACAUUUUGGAACAAUUUGGUUACUUUACUUCAUUUACUUUACUUAAAUUAAAUUAAUUUAAAUUUACUAUUUAUCUAGAUUUUAAUCAAAAUCAUGGUUAUUCAUAACCCAUUGUCAGGCUUCUAGAUUUUAAACUUGCAUGUAUAUUUUGGUACUUUCCAACUUCCCUUUCUUUUUCCUUUCCCCAAAUUGAAUCAAUUAGAAAAAAAAUAUAUAUUUACCAAGGUUUUAAAAAAGAUUAUGAAGAUUUUAUACUUGUAUACAGGUCUCCCUCCAAUUAACUUUUGGGACCUGGGUUUCCAUGGUCUUUAUCAGUUUUUGUCUCUAAUUAGAAUAAUAAAGAUAAUAGACAUUUUCUAAUUUGGGUCAUUAAUUAGAGGUGUCUUUAAUUUUUUAUUUCAAUACAUUGUCGCUUUAAUAAUAAACGUUUCAAAACAUCAAUUUAUGAUACAUUCAGUAAGUCACGUUUAUUUAACUGAGGAACCUGUUAGAAACAUUAAACAUGCUAAGCCGCGUCACGUACACAGUAAUGACAGUUCUUUAUUAUGUAUGUCAACUCAGUAAUUUUCUGUGUUAACAAUUGAACUGUAUUAAUAUGCAAGUUAAUUUGUUAAGAUGAUACAGUACCUGGUAUUAAAACAGUAUUAAUAUG